UUCAAAUCAAUCAAAUUUGUCAAAAUAAAUUAAAAAAUUAAGAUAAUAAGUAAAUAUGGAAAAGUAUACUAAAAUCAAAGUUGUUGGUAAAGGUAGUUUUGGUUAUGCGGUCCUUGUUUAAUCAAACACUGAAAAUAACAAAAAAUACUAUGUGAUUAAGAUUAUUGAUAUAUCAAAAAUGGAUAGAAAACAAAGAGAAGAAGCAUUGAAUGAAGUUCAUGUUUUGAAAGCUAUGAAACAUCCUUAUAUUAUUACUUAUAGAGAAUCUUUUAUAGAAAAAAGGUGUUUGUGUAUAAUUAUGGAAUAUGCUUAAGGGGGAGAUUUGUAUACGAAAAUAGCAAAACAAAAAGAAAAAGGACAGCUCUUUAGCGAAAAAUAAAUUAUAGAUUGGUUUGUUCAAAUGGCUUUGGCAAUAAAACACGUUCAUGAUCGAAAAAUUCUACACAGAGAUUUAAAGACGCAAAACAUAUUUUUGAAUGCAAAGGGAGAUAUAAAAAUAGGUGAUUUUGGUAUUGCUAGAGUUCUUUAGCAUACAUAUGACUGCGCAAAAACAGCUAUAGGUACUCCCUACUAUUUAAGCCCAGAAAUUUGUUAAGAAAAACCCUACAAUCAAAAAUCAGACAUUUGGUCUCUUGGAUGUAUCUUAUAUGAAAUGACUACUUUAAAUCAUGCAUUUGAUGCUAACAGUAUGAAAGGUUUAGUUUUGAAAAUUUUAAGAGGAACAUAUCCACCAAUUCCAGAGUAAUACUCUUAAGAUUUAAGAGAUCUAAUUUCAGAAAUGCUUAUCAAAGAUCCCACAUAAAGGCCAUCUAUUCGCAAAAUUUUGGAAAAAGAUUUUUUAAAGAAUCGUAUCAGUGAAUUAUUCUCAAAUACAUUACAAAGAAAUGAUCCUUAGUCAGGAGCUCAAAUUUUGGAAAUCAGAAAUCCUGCAGAUUAAAUUUCUCAAUAAAACGACUAGUAAGAGUUAGAAAAAUAAAAAGAACAACAAAUAAAUGAGAAUUUUAAAAAGCUUGACUAAAAUCCAAAAGUUGAAUUACCUUAGUAAAAACCUAGUUCUAGCUUACUCAAAAAAGAUGGUCAAACUGACUCAUCAUCACAGUUUGCAAAACCAAUUCCUAUGUAAUAAUAACCAAGCUUGCAAUCGUUUUAAUAAUAAUAACAAUCAUAAAUUCAACUAUAACAGUAAUAAUAAUAAUCACAAAUUAAUUCAGGGUUGUUCUAAGCAGGGUCAUAAUUCAGCUCUAAAAACCCUUCUUAACAGUCAUCAUAGUCUUAAUUAACCUUGCUUCAAAAAAGCUAACUUUAGUAACAAUAAUAGCAGUAAUAAAAAUAGUAAUAACAAUAAUAAUCAAUUACAAAGAGUCCUAUGGAUUCUAUAUAAAAGUCUCAAAUACUUCCAUAAUAAUCUUAUUUUAUAAAUAAAAGUCCUUUGAGAGGCUAAUAUUCAUCUUAAUAAUAAAAUAAUAGCAUAAACAAUAGCAACAAUAAUAGUUUUAACAAAGAAAAUUUUAAUAGAGGAUCUUCUCCUUACCGUUAAUUUGGAAUGAAUAAUUAAGUGUAAAGCUAAGAUAAUACAAGCAACAGUAUAAACACAAGCAAUAGCUAUUUAACUAUGCUGAAUAAAAUUAACAGCUAAUAGCCUUCAUAAAUGUAAUCAAAAGAGAAUAGUAUUAUUUCUAAGCCAGGCAGCUAAAAUUUAAUUAAUGAAAACUUAAAAUACAUCACUGAUAAAUAUAAAGAAGGAUAGAAUUAAACUCCAUCCUCAAGUAUUCCAAACAGCAAUAAUUCAAGUAUUAUAAAAGAAGCUCUUAAAGUGAAUAAUAAUGUUACAAACAUUUCUGUUAAUAAUGUAAUUACAUAAUCAGAUAAUACAAGUAGCUAGAAUAUUUUAAAUAAAAUUGAGAAAAAAUCAUUGCUUCCUUAAUCUGGUAGCUAACUUGCUAUUAAACCAACACUUUCUCCUUUUGGCACCAAUAAUAAUAGUGCUGUUAGCAGCAAUUAGAUUUCUAAAAAACCUUCUUAAGUCAAUAUUGCUGCCCCUAAUAUGAUUAAUGGAAAUUAAAGAGGAGAUGACGAUGAAACUUUAGAAGAAUAAGGAUACGGAUAUUUACUAUAGUCUAUUUAAGAUUGUUUAGCUAACAAACCAUCAAAUUCAAAGUAAAAAGAUGAGGAGGAAGAAAAUUUCGGAGAUUAAUAAUUCUAAAUUUUCCCAAAGUUCUUGCAAAUUGAUGGAAAACCAUUUAUUGUACCUGGUAUAUCAAAUAAAGAUACAACUGGCUCUAAAAUUGAGGCACUAAGGUACUACUUAGAAAAAGAAAUAGGAGUUGAUUAAUUUAUGGAAGUAUAUAGACUUAUAAUAGAAAAUUAAAGUAAUGACGAUAAUAAGUAGAUAACUAGGUUGAUAGGUGAGAAAAAAGUUAAAUUCUUACCAUUAAUUUAUUAACUAAUAGUUUGUGAAGAAAGCUAUUAUGGAAAUUGAAAAAGAAUAAAAAUUUACUAAGACAGUUAGUACUAUCUAUCUAAAUAAAUAAAUAAUUAACUAACUAACAAAUAAACAACUAAUUAAUUAAUUAAUAAAAUAAUAUAUUACUAAUUCAAUAUUUUUUGGAUAGGGUUAAAUAAUUAUGCAAUAAAAUUUCUUAUAAAUAUAAUUAGCUGAUUAAUUAAUUUAUAUAAAUAAUUCUUACUUAAUUCUAUUUUAUUAUGUAGAGAUUCAUUAUGUAAUUAUAUAUAAUUAAUUAUAAAUUUUAAAGAGUUUCAUUAAAUUAUUAUUUUGUUUAUUUUUUGUUUUUAAAUUUAAUAUUU